GACGUAGCGCCGAGGACGGGUCUGUUUAUUGUUCCUCCGACCUGAGAGAAAACAGCUAGCCGCCGCCGCCGCUCCACCGAGACACGACAGGUAUCCCCCGGUAUUCCCCGGUAUCUCCACACGGUCCAGGGCGCUCUGACACGGCAAGCAGCAAGACACUUCUCCCGGGGCCAUGGCGUACGCGUAUCUCUUCAAAUACAUCAUCAUCGGAGACACGGGUGUGGGGAAGUCGUGUCUACUACUACAGUUCACAGACAAGAGGUUCCAGCCAGUUCAUGACCUCACCAUAGGUGUGGAGUUUGGUGCCAGGAUGAUCACAAUAGACGGAAAACAGAUUAAACUGCAAAUCUGGGAUACGGCUGGCCAGGAGUCGUUCCGCUCCAUCACCCGGUCUUACUACAGAGGAGCUGCAGGCGCGCUGCUGGUCUAUGACAUCACACGGCGGGACACUUUCAACCACCUGACCACCUGGCUGGAGGACGCCCGCCAGCACUCCAACUCAAACAUGGUCAUCAUGCUCAUCGGCAACAAGAGUGACCUGGAGUCCAGGAGAGAAGUGAAGAAGGAGGAGGGUGAGGCCUUUGCCAGAGAACACGGCCUUAUCUUCAUGGAGACCUCCGCCAAGACAGCCUCUAAUGUAGAGGAGGCCUUCAUCAACACAGCCAAGGAGAUCUAUGAGAAGAUCCAGGAGGGAGUGUUUGACAUCAACAAUGAGGCUAACGGUAUAAAGAUCGGACCCCAGCACCCCACCACCAGCUCCACGUUGGCAGGAAGCCAGGGGGGACAGCAGCCGGGGGGGGGGCUGCUGCUGAGGACCCUCCACCUCCUCCUCCUCCCUCCCUCCCUCCCUCCUCCUCCUCCUGUCCAACCUGCCGUACUCAUUAGUUAACCCCUCCCCCUCUCUCACUCUCUCUGUUGCUCCCAGAUCACCUGGCACCCUCUACCACUCUGUCAACCCUUACGUUUGAGCUCCCUCCCCUCCUCACUGUCUCUCCUCUCUGCACCGCUUUUGGCUCCUGUGGCAAAGUCAGCUUCACCUCCUCCUCGAAGACAAAAGGAGCAGCGGGAGGGAGGGAGGGAGGGAGGAGGAGCAGGGGGGGAGGAGCAGCAGGGAGGGAGGAGGGCUUCAGGAUAUUUCUGGUUGUUUUUGUUGAAAUUAAAUGAAUUUUACUCGUCGCUCCAUGUGUCGCUUUUCUUUACGCUUAAACCAGGAGCCCAGCUCUCUGUUUACACUGCACAGGAGGCUAGGCUAGGAUACUCUAGGCUAGCACCAAGCUCUCUGUUUACAGUGCACAGGAGGCUAGGCUAGGAUACUCUAGGCUAGCACCCAGCUCUCUGUUUACAGUGCACAGGAGGCUAGGCUAGGAUACUCUAGGCUAGCACCCAGCUCUCUGUUUACAGUGCACAGGAGGCUAGGCUAGGAUACUCUAGGCUAGCACCCAGCUCUCUGUUUACAGUGCACAGGAGGCUAGGCUAGGAUACUCUAGGCUAGCACCCAGCUCUCUGUUUACAGUGCAAAGGAUGCCACGCUCAGCUAUGCUUGGCUAGCAGCCAGAGCUGUGGGUACCCUGUUAAGGAGUGAGGCUAAGCUAAUGGUGCUCCUGGUCCGGCCCGGGGAGGGCGGGGGGGGGGGGAGCUGACUUUGUCCAGACCAACUUCCUGUUGUUUAAUCUCGUCCACACUUGGCUUCCUGUCCUCUUUAUGAAACACUCACGCGUGUGUACGUGUCUGUGAGUGUACAUUCAUUUGUGUAUGUGCGUGUGUACAUGCAUUGUGUGUGUGUGUGUGUGUGUGUGUGGCAACGGGCCUGGACUGCUUUUCCAGUGCUGUAGGUUCCAUUGUUCGCUGUGUGGGACGAGGAGUCGUUUGUCUGCUCAAACCGACACCAUCGCCUUGUUUUCACUAACAAAAGCUCUCUGUGGUUGUCAUGGGGAUGAUGUGUAUUUAACAAACACUACAGGCCGGAUGUGGUAUUUCUGAUGUCCUUAUUAGUUAUUCCCCUGGGGAGGAAAUGAAGACCAAACUGUUUAGUGAAAAACUAAAAAUGGCCGACAUGGAAACCGGAAGUGUUCCGUAAUGUUGGGGUUCUCUGAUUAAGAUGAAGGUUAUAGAAAAAAGAAUUAAGAAACGUUCUUAAAAGCUGUGUAUUUAACUGGCUGUUCUGUGUAUAUUUGGAUCUAUCGCUUACGCUGUGCCUUGGGGCGGGGCUUCGUGGCAUUCCGUAGCAACGGUAACGAGGAAGUGGGGUGCGUUCCUGCCGUCACUCAAACGCGGCUUUAGUGUUAACCGUUAAUUUGAGGUCAAACACCCGACACAGGCUCCAAGACUCGUUUAUACAAUACUUAAAUCACAUUGGUGAACGUGUGUGGAAGUACCGUGUGGCAAGUCAACACGCGGUACUGCCCGCGGCGCAGCGCCCCCUGUGGAGAGGGAAUGCUGCGACGCCGGCAGGGGGCGCACUGUGUUGACUCGCAGUACUGCCGGUAGCGCAGCGCCCCCUGUGGCGACACGCCGUCCUGCCUGCGGACAGCAGCCCCCCGGCCCCCCACGGGCCCUUUGUUCUGAGGGUCGCCACGAGGCCUCGCGCCGCAUCAGCGUCCAGUAAUUGGCCGUGACUUUAGUAGCACCAUACAAACCGCUGCUGCAUUGUUUCUUUUUGCUUAUGUAAUGAAUAUAAUUUUAUUGUUGACAUUUAUUUACUACUUUAGUACCUCUGUUUCGUUUCAUUCGCCUUACUCUUUCUCUUCCUCCUCUGUCUUGCUCUUGGACUGUCGUAAUAUAACUUUCUAUGCUCACCUCUAUCUAUUUUUAAUGCCAAAUUAUCGUGUUUACCUGUGUUUGGUCCAAAAAAAUAACAAAAAUAAAAAUGAUAGAUUUGAAGAUGAAAUUAA